AUGAUCAUACCAUAUCUCAUUCAAGAGGACAUUUUCUAUGAACUUGAAAUAAGUGGAGUGCCUAGCAGUAGCAGUAAGAAAACCAGGAAAACCAUUAGUUUGGGUACUAAAUUAGAUGUUUUAAGGCGUUUUGAUGCAUGCAAGCAUGCGGUAGACAUUGGCAUCGCUCUAGGUCUUACUCCGACCACUGUGAGAAAAAUUCAGAAUAAUGCCGACAAGAUCAGGGCUAGUGCUCAGUGUGCAACACCACUUAGUGCUACUACAAUAAGUUGAUCAAGAAGUAGUUUGAUGGAAAACAUGGAGUGUCUUCUCUCAGUGUGGAUAGAGGACCAAAACCAGCGGAACAUACCUCUACGUUUGCUAGUGAUACAAUCUAAGGCAAAAAGUUUGUAUAACAAUUUGAAAAGAGAUCAAGGUGAAGGAUCACAGACAGAGACGUUCACAGCAAGUCAGGGAUGGCUUGAUCAGUUCAAGAGGCACUUCCACCUGCAUAACAUCAAGAUGUCCGGUGAGGCAGCUAGUGCAACAGCUAAAAAAUUCUCUGACUAUCUCAAGAAAAUAAUUGAGGAAGGCAGCUAUUCACCUAAGCAAGUCUUCAGUGUCGAUGAAACGGGCCUCUACUGGAAGAGGAUGCAUGAAUGGACUUACAUUUCCCGAGAGGAGAAGACAGCGCCCGGAUUUAAAGCAGCUAAAGACCGCCUAACCUUGCUUCUAAGUGGUAAUGCUGCUGGAGACAUGAAAAUGAAACUGCUGACAGUAUACCACUCUGAAACACCAUGA